AUGAUGAGAUUGCUUUUAAAAUUUUCGAUUAGUCUUGAAGACAACCCCAUGGUUAGCAAUAGCACCCUGAACACCCAUAUGCAACGAGAUGUUUUACUAACUCAGAACAAAAUCUCCCAAGACAUGGAAAAGUUUGCCAGUGUCAUGUACAAGAUGUUUCCUCUCUUUGAACCACCAGUAGACGCUGAAAACUUGACGGAAAUUCCUACCCCACAAAGAACAUUGCAUCAACGGUUCUUAACCAUUUCCGAGUCGGAGCCUUUCGGACCUGUAGAUGCAGCAGAGAUUUUUGGCUUGGAACCAGCCCAGCAGACGUUGGACAACUUGACCGAAUUCAAAGAUACCACUGCUAACUCCAAUACCAGAACAAAUGAGGUGUUAAUUGGCAAACAGAAGCAAGGCGAUAGUGCAGUUUUCAAGUUCACCCACGCCCAGUCUGGUAAUGUUGGUUUCAGGUAUGGUGCGUCACGCAGAGACAGAAAGAAGGACCGGGCCAUUGGUUUCGACAAGGCCGGAAAGAUGGUCAACAUGGUAUAA